AUGGGGUGGUUAGUGGAAUUUGUUGUUACUUUGAUAUUGUUGUCUUUGAGUUUUGCAAUAACAGAUUCAGAUCCUCAAUCUGAUCUCAUCACCAAACUUCCUGGCUUCAAUAACAGCUUUCCAUCUAAACACUAUGCCGGGUAUGUAGCGAUAGAUAAGGAGGGUAGUAAGAAUUUAUGGUAUUACUUUGUGGAAUCAGAGAAAAAUGCUUCAGAAGAUCCUGUUGUGCUUUGGCUUAAUGGUGGUCCAGGUUGCUCUAGCAUGGAUGGAUUUAUUUACGAGCACGGACCUUUCAAUUUCGAACUGACAAAGACAAACGUCCCUCGUUUGCACCUCAAUCGUUAUAGUUGGUCUAAGGUUUCUAAUAUCAUAUACCUUGACUCUCCAGUUGGUGUGGGAUACUCUUACUCGAAGGACAAGUCUGACUAUACAACAAAUGAUAUAAAAACUGCAUUUGACUCUCAUGCAUUCCUUAUAGAGUGGUUUAAGAAGUUUCCAGAGUUUCAAUCCAAUCCGUUUUUUAUCUCAGGAGAAUCAUAUGCUGGUAUCUAUGUGCCAAUGCUUGCUUCAGAAAUUGUCAAAGGAAAUAAGAAUGAAAAAAGAAAAAAUAAAAGAAACAAAACAACAACGAAUGUGACCAAACCAAUUAUCAACUUAAAGGGAUAUUUGGUGGGUAAUGGAGUUACAGAUCCGAUGUUUGAUUGUCACGCUCUUGUCCCCUUCGCACAUGGGAUGGCACUUAUAUCUAAUGAACUCUUUGAGGAGACUGAAGCGGCUUGCAGAGAAAAGUAUUAUGAUGUGCCAAAUGCUAGUGCUGAAUGUCUUGAAAAGAUUCAAAAAGUGACAGAUACAGUUAGCUUACUAAACGAAUAUAACAUUAUAGAACCAUGCUACCACAAAACAUCUAUAUCCUCGUUUGACAUCGGAUCUCUUCCUCCAAGUUUCCUUAAGUUGGGCAAAACAGAAAGACCAUUGCCAGUGAGAAAGAGAAUGUUUGGACGUGCGUGGCCCUUAGAUGUUGCUGCGCGUCCAUGCAUUGUCCCUAGUUGGUCUCAACUCCUUGCUGACUCUAAUGGUUUUUGCAUUGAUGAUAGAGUUGCAACAACCUGGCUAAAUGAUCCAGCGGUGAGGAAAGCGGUUCAUGCUAAAGAGGAAAGCGAGAUUGGAAGAUGGGUAUUCGGAGAUCAUGAUAUGUGUGUACCAUAUACUGGGUCUGAAGCAUGGACGAAUUCAAUGGGAUACAAGGUGGUCGAUGAAUGGAGGCCAUGGAUAUCAAAUGGUCAAGUCGCUGGGGUGCAGGACAUACCGUUCCAGAAUACAAACCGCAUGAGGCAUUGGACUUUUAUAGUCGUUUUCUAG